AUGGCUGAAUCUACAGAGAAACUCACAAAGAAACAAAGAAAGGCACUUGACUUCAAGAACAAGUCAAAGGGGAAGGCUGUUGGGGUUGAAGGUGAGGAUAGCAAGAAGAGAAAGAGAGAUGAGCAAGCUGAAGGUGCGACGGUUGAGAAAGGCACUGGGGAACCCGGCGAGGAGCCAAAGAAGAAGAGAAAGACCAGAAGAGGCAAGAAAGGUAAGGGAAACGGCUCCAACGGUCCAAGAUUCCUCCUGUUUGUGGGUAACUUACCCUAUGACGUUUCGCAGACUGAACUGCUGGCGCAUUUCAGUGCCUCCAAGCCUGAUAGAAUAAGGAUCAGAACUGAGAAGGGUAUUGCGUUUCUGGAGUUUGACGGUCAGCACGGUGAUAUUCAACAUAGAAUGGAUGUUGCACUGAGACUACACCACAGUAACCUGAGAAAUAGAAAGAUCAAUGUUGAGCUGACCGUUGGUGGUGGUGGUAACUCUCAAAACAGGCUAGAGAAGAUCAAGGAGAAGAACGUCAAGCUGGACGACGAGAGAAGAGAUAGGGCCAAGAAGGAAAGAGCAGAGAGAAACAAGAAGCUCAAAGAGGGCGACGCGCCAAAGGAUUUGGGUAACGUACAUCCAUUGCGAGCAGCUGCGAUGAUGGGUGAGUAG